GCGGGAUCAGCCCCGCACUCCCGGGGCGCAGCAUCCGGAGCCGAGAUGGACCCCGCGUCUGGGGCCGGGGACCUGGAGACCGCUCGCCUGGUGAGCGCCCGGGGCAGCCGCAGCUCCGGCACCCGGCGCCUCCAGAGUCUCUUCACAGGCUCCCGGGAGCCCUUCCCCAGCCUGCCCCCGGAGACCAGCCCUGUGGCUCCGUCCCUGGAGCUGGAGCUGGAGCGGCGCCUGGCCAGGCACUGCCACCGCAGCCCCCCCACCCCCAGCCAGAGCCGGCCGGAGCUGCAGGCCUGCCGGAAGCUGGGCAUCGCCUGCGCCAUCUGCUUCGUCUUCAUGAUCGGCGAGGUUGUCGGCGGGUACCUGGCGCACAGCCUGGCCAUCAUGACUGAUGCUGCCCAUCUGCUGGCGGACGUGGGCAGCAUGUCGGUCAGCCUUUUCUCCCUGUGGGUCUCCGCCAGGCCGCCCACCAAGACCAUGACCUUCGGCUGGCACCGCUCAGAGACGCUGGGCGCCCUGGCCUCGGUGCUGUCCAUCUGGGUCGUGACCGGCGUCCUGGUGUACCUGGCCUCAGCCCGCAUCAUCAGCAACGACUACGAGAUCGACGCACGUGCCAUGCUGGUCACCUCCGCCUGCGCCGUGGGCAUUAACGUCAUCAUGGCCUACAUCCUGCACCAGUCGGUCACAGGCCACGGCCACGCCCGGGGCUACGAGAAGAUGGAGGAGAGUCCUGGCUGCUGCGCGCCCCCCGGGAGCCCCCCGCCCGGCAGCACCAGCGUGCGCGCCGCCUUCGUGCAUGUGGUGGGGGACCUGCUGCAAAGCCUCGGGGUGCUGACAGCUGCCACCAUCAUCUACGUGGAGCCCCGGUACAAGAUCGCAGACCCCGUCAGCACCUUCCUCUUCUCCGUCUUCGUGCUGGGCUCCACCGUCACCAUCCUCAGGGACGUCUUCCGGGUCCUCAUGGAAGCCUGCAAAGCAGUGGGCCGCGGCUGCUGCACUUCUCCAUGGGGGCAGGGGACAAUUAAAGCUUUGGCUAAUGAUGGCCCGCUUGCAGAUUAAGCGCCCUCCUGGGUGGGUCCGUUCCCGUGGCUGGCGUCACAUGGUCAGAGCGAACAUCGCCAGGGAGAGUAACGCAG